GUGGGAAACACCGUUACAGGAGUUUAGAAAGCUGGAAAACUGCCGAUAACGUUUGCCUUCUGUCCAACCCGCUACAAUACAGCUUUGAUAAGAGUAAACAUUUAGCUUUGUGUAUAUACGCGAAAUAAAAUUAAUAUAAACCGUCUGAGCUAUUGAACAGUUUAAGUGUGUGUAUGUGACAUAAACAUUGAUAUACAUUUCAGCAUAACAACUUUUGCAGCCACAUGCAUUUGUGUGUGGAAAGGGAGACCAUUUAUAUCUUUGAGUUGACUGAAAGCCAGCAAAGGGGUUUUAUUUAAACAGGUUUUCAAACAGUAAAUAAGCACUUUCUAAAGCUAACAGCGUGCUUGAGAGUUUUCUGAUAGACGUUGAAGGUUUAAAGAGACAUUGUUAAACCAUAUACCCGCCGUGUUCGGUUGUCGUUAUUUUGGCUACGGUAAAAUCCGUUAACAUUUCAACAGGAAAGCUGGAUCAUGUGCCUUUAUGAACAAUACGUGUUUCUUAUUUAAUCUUCUGACAAGAGCCUCAAGUUGAUAAAUUAAGGGUAAAUAUACAUUUUGAGUACUUUACGAUUUUUUUUUAUGAAUCUCGUCAUCGAAGAUCGCCAGAAUCAGACAAUUGAGUCAUUUCUUUCUAAAACCUCGUACGAUGUUUAUUGUUGUUGACAAUUGUUACCUGUAAACAAGUUAAUACUAAAUGCAGACUUGAUAUUUUUUAGUCAAUUUCCGGAGAAAAACACAAGUACGACCACAUAUUUUUAUUCAGGAUACGGAUGGAAUGCUACUUCUUCCUUUAAAAUGAUGAAUUUUUAAAUCUUGAGAUCCAAGAGUUCACAACUGAACGGUACUGGAAUCUCUCAAUUAUUUUUUGGAAAGUGAAAUAUAUAACCGAGAUUAUCUGUCGCCGCUCAGGACGUGAAGAAGAAAAGUGAGUGCCAAAAAGAUACCAAAAAUUAUGUAGCUAUCAGACGAAACGUCGAGGUGAGUUCAGGACCGUUAAUGACAACUGAUUUGUUUGAGAAUUCGUUUCACGGAUGACCCUAUUUUAAUAGUGUACGUGAUAUAUUAUUGUUGUGAGGAUUUCGGAUAACGUACAUAGAGAUAUCGUAUAGAAGUUACGGUUUAGGAAAACUACAGACAGAAUGGUGAAACGGAUGUGGAAGUUCAAGUCUAUGGAGGAAGUGAAUACAGCCGUCAAUAUGGCUCUGAAGACAACCAUGUUUAAUGAGAGGUGUCGUCGAUGGGAAAAGGUGAUUGGUGGAUAUCGACAUUUGUUGUGGAUGAUAGAUCGAAAACAUUUCCCCGAAGACUACGAACCGCCAGCCACCAUCCAAAUGUUUAUGUACGAGAUGUACUAUCAUUUGGCAGUGGCUUACCAACACGUUGGUAAACAUAAACAAGCGAUCACCGAGCUCACCAACGCCAUAGAUAUAGUCUCGAUACCAAAGAAUGGUUGUUUGGCCGGCUGUAUGACCAACUCUUGCCUCAUGACACCUAUUUAUGCACGGCGAGCGUUCGCACACGCAAAGUCAGGGGGUAUGGUUUUGGCUAAGAAGGAUGCCGAGAAGACCGUUGUAUUAGACAGCAGAAACCCGGAUGUUUACUGCAUACGGGCUCUUGUACACAGCGCCAAUGACAACGAGAGACAUGCUAAAAAGGAUCUGGAACUGGCCUUGAACUUUAACCCCACACACAAUUGUACUCUCAUGCUAUUGAAAGCAUUGAACAUGGCAGAGAUAUCACCGUUCCAACACCUACAACAGAUAAUUAAGCAUGGCGCUGAUCCCAACUCCUAUACGAACGUAAAUAGCUUCACACAUCCAUGUAUGGUGGAAUUCUUCGAUAAGAUGUUGUUUGGUCUCAGUUUGCCACACACAGUCACUCAGGUAGAUCUAACACCAGAUAAGCCAAGCAAGAAGUCGAUGGAAAACGAGGCUUUGAAUCGGUCCCAAGAUUCCCGCCCUUCCUCGAGUCGUUCCCAGGUGGAACCAUUCCGCUGUGGGACCCCUGUGACGUCAGAACAAAACAAGAGUUCGCUGAGACGCCGGAAGGACUAUGGCGCAGCCCUUCGAAAACACCUUGCUCGGCCUGAAACAUCUGCAGAUUUCUUUGAAAAUUUUAAAAAAGAAAGGCGGUUGAAGGCUAUUCAAGACGACAUACAGCGAAGAGCAGCAUCCGCUGACGCUAGGUCACGUGUUCAGACGUCAUCGUCGAAAAGGUCACAUGAACCUAGAGUACCAGCAGCAACCAAAACAACGAAUUUUGAACCUCAGGUGGUGAAAACAGAUAGGAACAAUAAAGAAAAAGAGGAAUUAGAGGGCAGCAGCAAAAAGAAUGCAUUUAUAAUGAAUAUGCCUACAUCAUAUACAAUACCAGUGUUUCAAGCCACGAACAUCAAAGAAGCCCCUAGAAUGUAUUAUAAACCUUGGAAAGGCGACAAACUACCUGUAGCCGAGUUAAUCAGGAGACAAGCAACGCCGGUGUUUUACUAGACAGUAUACUCUUUACUCCACGAACGUACGUCUAUGUUAACUUUAUUGAUAAACUAAACAAUGAACAACCUCUUUAUCCGGAUAUCGCUUAGACAGAAAUCUCGUUAUCCAGGUUAUUGAUUGGAAUUACAUGUAUUAGUAUUUUGAUGAUAACUUCUUUAUCAAAUCGAGUUAAUUGUUUAGAAAUUAAAGAAUGCCCCGCGAUCUAUAACUGUAUCUAAUAUAAAAAAAAAAAUGAAAAAAGAAAAAUACAAAAAACAAACAACUAUGUAAUCUAAUAUGAGUGUACAGUAUUAGACAUUUUGCUUUUAUUAAAGCACCUAAAAUAUUUCAAAAUUCCACAAGAUUAAUUGUUGUGGUAACUCUUAUGCCUGCAACUUUCGGACCAUUAAAGACAUGAAUUACA